AUGAGCGCCCAACUUGCGCAGUACACAAACCGGCAACCUGCCGAUGGCGAACAACGCAACGAGGACCUCAUCGCGAGCCUGCACAGCCAGAUCGCGGCCCUUCAAGACGCGGCACAGCAGCGACACUCACCUCAAGAGAGCACGCACCACCACAGCAUGCCGGGCCCUCAGGCCAGGCCCGUGUCUACUUACACGGCGUCGUCAGUUGCUACCCGAGUCCAACAACGUGAAUGCGGUCCGCCGCGGACGCAUACCACCACGCCCAGCACCUUCAUGCUCAUGGUUGGCUUGCUGCUGCUCAUGAUGCACGCCGCCCGGGUCGACGCCUCCGAGACAUCGCUCCUCCCGUACAUUCCAACCAACAUCCUCGUUCCGGGAUCCACCGCCGGGGUCGCCUACGGCCGGGAGACUGGCAACGCCAACAGCACGGCCUACAUCCUCACUCCCAACGGCGACGGCUCGGUCGACCUGUUGGCGGUGGACAUAUCAUCCUCACUGGCCGCUUCUUCCGUCGCCAACAGUGCUGAGACCUUGACACCAGAGCUGCCUUUCCUCAUAUCAAGCACCAACACCACGACGUUCACGCCCACACUCACAUCGGAUGGCUCCAUCGUCGCCUAUGCAGGCGAUUGCAGUUCGGGCACUGGAUCAUCCGUAUGGGUCUACAAUACCACCACCUCUCACCAGGCAUCAUGGGUGGAGCACUUCGUCACCAACAGCGGCGGGGCCAGCGGGCCAUCCUUCCUGGGAGGCGGUUUCUCCUUCUCAGAGACCAUAUCGCCCAGCCUAUCCCAGCCCCUGAUAUACGCCUACGGCGGGCAAUGCCCCGACGACACCCUCGACGCCGAUGAUUGGACAUCAGCCGCGACCUACUCUAACUCAAUGGUCCGCCUGACGGCCUCCACAGACCCCUCGUCCACGCCGGCAUACACCGCGAGCCAAUUGUCCCUCAAAUCACAGCCCAUAGCUGAGGCAGGCUUCAGCUUGACCCCCCUCCCGCCGGCGACGUCCAACAUCUCCGGCAUCGUGACGCAGAGCAUCAACAGCGUCGUCCUGGGCGGCCACACCCAGACUGCCUUUGUGAACAUGUCGACGGCUGCGGUGUGGAGCCUGCCGGAGGAGAGCUGGAGCUUCAUCGCCAUCUCCGGCCCGUCUGGCUCCCCCUCGAGCGAGACUUCGGAGCUCGCAAAGAACGACGAUGCUGUCACCGAGGUGCAGCCGCGGUCGGGCCAUACUGCCGUCCUCAAUGAAGCCGGGUCCGCUAUUAUCGUCCUUGGUGGGUGGGUGGGCAACACGAGCCAGGCGGCGCAACCACAGCUGGCCGUCUUGCAGAUGAGCGGCAGUGAGUUCGGGGAGUGGACGUGGUCUGUGCCCGAUGAACAGCCCUUGAGCUCUGGGGAGGGUAUUUAUGGCCAUGGUGCUGCCUUGUUGCCCGGCAAUGUCAUGAUGGUAUCCGGUGGUUAUGCCAUCUCACCCAGCUCCUCAGGUUCAGGGCUGGGCAAGAGGGAUGCCAUUGGUGUGGCGGGCGGGCAGCUUCAGAUGUUCUUCAACGUGACAAGCCUCACCUGGAGCGAUUCGUACACGAACCCAAUAUCUGCAUCGACCGGCUCAGAGAGCGGAACCGCGCCGUCAACAACGCCGUACAAACUGGGCCUCGGCUUGGGACUGGGGCUCGGUAUUCCCCUUCUACUCCUCGUGCCGGCUAUCUGCUUCUUAUGCUGGAGGCGAAGGCAGCGUCUUCGCCACCAGGCACGAGACGAGCACAUCCGGAAUCUGACCACCGGAACGGCCUUCAUCACCUCCGAUGAGAUGCUCGAGCGCGAAAACGUAUAUCCAUGGGGACCCCGAAGUGCAGCUCGAUGGUACACGGGCGGGCACGACCCGUAUCUACGUGACCAGGGGAACGCACUUGGUUACGAGAACCUGCGCGCUCCUGAAGGGGCAAGGGCAGCUUCUGAUGACCCCAUGGCUGUUGAGUCGCCCGGUGCCUACAGAAGAGACAUCAGGCGCAGGCCAGUACCCAGGGUCGCAAGGGGCCUGUACCAGCCCACUGGUAUUGCUGGUGGGGAUGAUCUGAUGAGCCCAGGCGCUAUCCAUCCGAUCUUUGAGGAUGAGGAAGAUGAGAUAGCCGUGGCUGGUGCAAUUGCCCCAGACAGGGACGAGGAGAACGACGAUGACCCUUUCACCACGCCGGUACCUUCAACACCAACAAAGGCAGGGCCCAGCUUGGCGAGCCCAAUUGUCUUUGUGGCGCCUGGCCAGCAGACGGCGGGCUCUGGCCCAGCCAGUCCGACGGAGAGCACACCGCGUCCGCGGCCACAGCACCCAGAAGUACAAGACUGGGUUAGCGACAUCGACGCGUCUGACGCCCUCAUCACAGCUCGUAUACAGCCUCACAGCACCACGUUCCGCAACUCGGGCAAGAUCUCUCCUACGAGGCGGCCGUCGGUGCGCUUGUCUGAAGACGACACUGCCGGCGGUGCCCGAACGGACAGCAACUUGUCCGAGUCCAACCGCAGCACCUUCAGCUUCAUAGUGAACCGGUCCGACUCGCUGCGCGUGGCCGGCGCCGGGGCUGGAUUGUUGGCUGUCAGCAAAUCUCGGGGCGAGCAGGAAAGAACCGGCACCUCCCACUCUGACAAGAGUAGCAGCAGCAACAGCAAUACCACGCAGGACAGCUUCAAGACGGCCAAGUCGAUCACGGCGCUCCAGACCGAGGGACCUGGGCUGCUUCUAGGCCGGCCAAGGCCGAUAUCGGACAUUGAAGAUCUUGGUCAUUUGUCAGAUGACGACCCUCUGGCUCCUGGGAGCCCAAGCAAGAGCAAGCCACCGCGCAGGAGUUGGUUUGGGAGCCUAAAGAGAGUGUUCAGUGCAGGCGCUGGCAGCGGGAGCUCGAAUGGAAGCUCAAGUCAGACUGAGAGCCCGACCCACGGGCAAAGCAGCGACUACGAAGGGUUGGGGCUGGGCAGCUUGGGCCUGGGUGGCGUCGGGCUGCUACAAAAACGGAGGCAAGGGAGGAUGGCGUGGGACGAGGCCGGAGCGUCUGCGAGUGGCGCUGGCCAGGGCGCUGGCGAGGGCUGGGAGGAAGACGACUGGGACAUCGAGAAAGCGGUGGAACAGAGGCUGGUGCAGGUGAUGUUCAGUGUACCCAAGGACAGGCUGCGCGUCGUUAAUGCCGACAACGCGGAUCUUGUGUCCUUGGAGGAGUCGGUGGUCUUCGUCGAUCCGGAGAAGGCCGAUUCUCCAACACAGGAGGCUGCUAUAGCUGGCAAAGAUGAAGAAAAGGUCACGGCGCAGGAUGAUAGGCCAGACGAAGCAGCAGAGGAUGUCUCCAGUGUUGCCAGCCAGACCGAGGAAGCGAGCCGGGCAAGGCGCGAGAGGAUACAGCAAGGCAAGCAGCCCGAGAGGACGUCCUUGCUGCUCAAGGUGCCUCUGCCACCGGCGAGCGAGACCUCGGAGGAUUCCAGGCGGAGAAGCAUCUCUCCCGUUGUCAUGACUGCGGAACAAGUCCGGUACGAGCGGCCUAGGACUCGCGUGCUCGACAUGGUGGAGAGUUUUGAGAGCAGAAGUAAGAGCUCGAGUCCUGAGAGGGUGCCUAGCCCCGAAAGGAGGCAUUGA